UGGUGAACGUAGCGCCUGUAUGCUAUGCCUGGUGCUAUACGCAGAGAUGGAACGCCGUAUCUCGAAGGCCGCAAGACCAGACUUUGUGCGCUCGAAUGACUGGCUCGAGUCUCGUCGAGUAUGGAUGGAGCGCGCGUGAUGAGCGAGACCCGACGCGCGCUCUACUGGGAUGCUCGUCUCUCUCUGAAGCCCGAUGGCCGUGCGGAACGAGCUUCAAGUCCUUUCCUCGACGAAAACUGUAAGCAGUGAGAUGCUGCGCGAGAUGCUGCUCGGAGCUGCGUAUCGAGUGACUGCACCUUGCCCGAGCAGUCACAAAGUCAGGCAAGGCCUGAAAAGCGCAGAGAUUCUAGCUUGCGAAGUUGACAAGGAGGCAGUAGUUGGUGUUUAGCCAGAGGGCGGAGAGCAAAUGGUUUCAGCGCUCGCGUGACGAUGUGGAAGAAGCGCGAUCACAAUCGGCGUG